CAUAUGCACUCUCUGGUUGAUUCUCAGACACAGUAUAUGGAGAAUUCAAUGGAGAAGAACGUGGCAAUGUUUUUUAUUCCAACAACUCGUGCUACAGAGUUGUUGUCAACUGAGGUUAGUAGAGACAAUGUCUCUGGAGGAAAAGAGAAGUUGCAGAUAGAUAUUGAAGACAAGCUUGCCAUCACCGAGUUCAAUGGCGAGACACAACCCAAUUUGGAUUCAGUUAUUUCUCACUAUAUUCAAAGUCUAAAUCAGACCAACUUACGAUUCUUGGGCUACCCCACUAAUCAAAACUUCAACUAUGACACAUUAGCACCAUUGCUUCAUUUUCAUUUGAACAACGUUGGUGAUCCAUUUCGAGGGAGCAGCUUCUCCAUGAAUUCAACAUCAUUUGAAGUUUGCGUGCUUGAUUGGUUUGCAAAUCUAUGGGAGAUAGAGAAGAGCAAGUACUGGGGAUAUGUCACAACAGGUGGAACCGAAGGGAAUCUUCAUGGGAUUUUAGUAGGGAGAGAAAAAUUUCCAAAUGGGAUUUUAUACGCCUCACAAGAUUCCCAUUAUUCAAUCUUCAAAAUUGCAAGAAUGUAUCGAAUGCAAUGCAUGAAGGUUAGCACUUUGGUCUCUGGAGAGAUUGAUUGUGAUGAACUAAAGACAUUACUUCUUGCUCACAAGGACAAGCCAGCCAUCAUCAAUCUUAACAUCGGGACAACUAUGAAAGGAGGGGUUGAUGACCUUGAUCUUGUAAUAGAAAUACUUAAGGAAUGUGGUUUCACUCAAGACCGAUUCUAUAUUCAUUGUGAUGGAGCUUUAUUCGGAAUCAUGCUGCCUUUUAUCAAACAAGCACCAAAGAUCACUUUCAAGAAGCCCAUUGGAAGUAUAACUAUUUCUGGCCAUAAGUUUUUGGGAUGUCCAAUCCCAUGUGGUACUCUAAUAACUCGUCAACAAUACAUAAACGUGUUAACUGAUGUUGAAUACAUUGCUUCAAGAGAUGUUACAAUCACAGGUAGUCGUUCUGGUCAUGCAUCAAUUUUUCUUUGGUAUGCCAUCAAAAGAAAAGGUUUUAUGGGACUUCAAAGCGAAGUGCAUAAAUGCAUUGCGAAUGCAUGCCAUCUACAACAUCGAUUACGAAGUGCUGGAAUUGGUGCAAUGUUAAACAAGUUUAGCAACAUCGUUGUCUUCGAAAGACCACCAGACGAAGACUUUGCUCGUAAGUGGAGUUUGGCAUGCGAGGGAAACAUUGCACAUGUUGUAGUGAUGCAACAUGUUACCACUGAAAUGUUGGAUUCCUUUGUUGACGAGUUUCUUCAAAAACGGUCCAUUUGGUUUGAAGAUGGACGAUUUCUACCUCUAUGCAUUGCAAGUGACGUCGGUUCUAGACACUGUGCUUGUUCAAUACACAAUUCAAUGCGGUGAUUAAGAAUCUAUCAUUUAAAAUAAUACAUCUCAUGCUAUAUAUAUAAACACACGUUUCAGAUUGCUAAAAGUGGUCAGAUUUGUUAUCAGUUGACUUUUAGUGAUUAUUUCUUAAAAACUAGUAUGUGAAGUCUAAUUUGUUAGUGGACUUUUUGUGUGAUUUGAGAAUGGA